UUCAGUGCUAAGUUUCAAGAAGUUCAGUGAAAUAGAAUAGAAACAAUAUUUUUCUGAUGGUUUGGAGUGGAAUAGAUCUGCACAAGAAGAAAGUGAAACUAAGUGUGAGGAGGGAGGGGCAAGCAGACAAGCAGUACAAAAUGAAAGUGAAACUUUCUGAGCACAAUACUGCAUAGCCACAGACAGACAAGUCUUUGGAUCUUUUUGUGCGUAUGACCUGAGGUUUAUCACAUUCUUUCCUUGGAGGAAAAAACCUAUAAUGGCAGCAGGCCGUAAAAGAGACUCAGUUUGGCAAUAUUUUAAUGAAGUUCCUUUACCUAUCAGUAAGGCAGGCAUGCGUGCAAAAUGCAAACACUGCAACAAAGAAAUGCAAGGCCUGGUGGCCCGAAUGAGGCAACAUCAUGAGAAGUGCUGUGAUGAAGAUGACCAAAGAAACACAUUUGAACAGGCAGGAUCUUCAGGGGAAUUCAUGGAUUCUGGAAACUAUCCACCUUCAAGAUCACCAUCCUCCUGUUCUACAGUUUCAGAGUUAUCCAUCCAGGAUAGUGCUUCAUUAGCAUCAUCAUCAGACACCCACAGCCACAUAUCACUAUCACCUAAAAGAAAGAAAAAAUCCUUCCCUCCUGGAACCACCAUAGAUAAGUUUGUGAUAAAAACUAGCAGAUUAGAAAAAGAGUUAAUUGAUGAAAAAAUUGCCCAGUUUGUUUAUGCAACGAACUCUUCUUUCCGUCUGACUGAGAACCCACAUUUCAUUAAUAUGGUUCAGUCAUUGAGACCAGGAUACAGUCCACCCAGCAGAGCAGAUGUUGCAGGGAAACUGCUGGAUAAAGUGUAUGACAGAGAAAUGGAGCAAUGUGCAACAGCUCUGGAGGGUAGAAUUGUUAACCUAAGUAUUGAUGGGUGGAGUAAUGUCCACAAUGAUCCUAUUGUAUGUGCUUGUAUUAACAACAGAAGAAGGGAAAGUCUUCCUUGCACAAACAAUUGAUACGUCAGGAAAUGCACACACAGCAGAAUACUUACAAGAAGUGGCAGUAAAAGCUAUAAUAACGUGAACAAAAAUUCAAAUGUCUAGUACACAGUUUGGUCACAGACAAUGCUGCAAAUGUAUCCAAGAUGAGAAGAAAUUUAGAAGAGCAGGAAGGGAAUACAAAGCUAAUAACAUAUGGUUGCAGUGCUCAUUUGCUGCACCUCUUAGCCAAAGACUUAAGUGUUCCAGAAAUAAAGACUAAUGUUGUUGAAAUUGCUAAAUACUUCCGUAACAAUCACUUUGCUGCUGCAGCUCUGAAAAGGAUGGGUGGAACCAAGCUAACGCUCCCACAAGAUGUUAGAUGGAACUCUGUGGUGGACUGUUUUGAGCAGUAUAUCAAGAACUGGCCUAUUCUGAUGACAGUUUGUGAACAAAAUCGAGAUAAAAUAGAUGGCACUGUCACGGCCAAAAUCCUCAACAUUGGGCUUAAGAGAAAUGUUGAACAUAUGCUGAGCAUCCUGAAACCCAUCUCUGAAUCUUUAAACAAAAUACAGAAAAAUAGCUGUUUUAUUGCUGAUGCUGUUGAAAUUUGGAAGGAACUGAGUGAACACUUAAAAACAGAACUACACAUGGACAGAAUUAAAUUACAAGCAUUAAAAAAACGAAUGGGACAGGUACUGUCUCCAGCUCAUUUUUUGGCAAAUAUUGUCAAUAUCCAGUACCAGGGUCAAAACUUAAGUGCUGAGGAAGAGGAGUUAGCUAUGACAUGGGUAUCCAGCAAUCAUCCAUCUGUAAUGCCAACUAUAAUAAACUUCAAAGCUAAGGGGGAACCAUUCAAGAAAUAUGUUUGCUGAAGAUAUUUUAAAGAAAGUCACACCAGUGAACUGGUGGAAGUCACUUAAGCACUUGGAUUUAGAGACUGUUCAAGUAAUGAUUUCACUUUUAACAGCAGUAGCUUCUUCUGCAGGCGUUGAAAGAAUAUUCUCUUCCUUUGGACUCAUUCAUUCUAAAUUGAGAAAUCUUUUGGGACCCGAUAAAGCAGGAAAGUUUGUUUUUCUUUUCCAGAUUAUGAACAAAGAAGAAGAUGAAGAUGACGAGUGAGCUACAGAGGACAGUAUUUAAGUUUUUCAUGUGUAGGCUGGGCUGACAGUCUAAGUUUCUUAAAAUAUAUAUAUUUUGUUUAGCCAAAUUAGUUAACAAACAUGGAUGUUUGUUUAAGCAAAUAACAUAUGCUGUAAUGUUAUUGUUUCAGUUGAAUAAAUCUAUUUAAAUUGUUA